CAUUUGUCAUGUCAGUGUCAAAAUGAUCCUUUUAAAAUUUAAAUAACACGAAAAUCGAAAUAGACAUGAGAAACAUGUUAAUAAAUGAAAACAAUAUACAGUAUAAUUAAUAUUCAUACAGUAUAUCAUAAUAAAAAGUAGACAUUUUUACACUUGCUCAUAAACAAUACGGGCCUGGUGUGUUUAUAUGCGGGGUGUAAUAACCUAAUCGUUACGAACAGUGUAUGCUGCACGUGUUGAUCUUAAGACACAAGCAAAAAUGCCUGAUGAUGUUAAUAUGGAUUCAGAAACGAAUACUAAGUAUAAAGACGGCGUCAACCGUAACGCCCGACUUAUUGUAAGGAAUAUUUCAUUUAAAUCUACCGAGGAAUCCAUUAAAGAACACUUUUCAAAGUAUGGUACUGUUGAGGAAGUAAAAUUAUUAAAGAAACCGGAUGGAAGGCUUGUUGGAUGCGCUUUUGUGCACUUUACACAUGUCCCCAUGGCAAACAAGGCACUUGUUGAAACAAAUAAGAAACCAUUUUUAGGAAGACCAAUAUAUGUGUCGUGGGCAGUACAAAAAGACAAAUACACCGGAGAGGCUCCAAAUGCAGAGCCAAAUCUGAAAACUGUUAGCUUUUCUGAUGACGAUGAGGGAAAACCAAAAGUUAAAAAAGAACAAAAUGGGGACACAAAGAAAUCAAAGAAAGAGGAGAAAAAUAAAGUCCGAAUAAACCGUAAUGCUCGGCUCAUCAUCAGAAAUGUUUCAUUUAAAGCUACUGAAGAAACACUCAAGGAACAUUUUGAGCCCUACGGUACUGUACAAGAGGUGAAGUUGUUAAAGAAACCAGAUGGAAAGCUGGUUGGUUGUGCGUUUGUUCAUUUUAAAAAUGUACCCAUGGCGAAGAAAGCUUUGCUCAAUACAAAUAUGAAGCCUUUCUUGGGACGCCCCAUAUCAGUGGAUUGGGCAGUAGCUAAAAACAAAUACAUGCAACAUGUUGUGAAUCAACAAAUUGAGAUGGAAGAUCAGGUGAAGAAGGAGGACAAUUCUGACAGUGAUGAUGAUCAACCACCUCUAAAUAUCUCCAGUGAAGAUGUCAAAGAGGAAGUUAAAAGUGAGUCAGAGGAUAGUGAUAAAAGUGACAAUGAAUCAGAUGAUGAGAAACCAGAACUUAAUUCUGAUGAGGAUGAGAGUGAUGAAGACAAUGAUGAAGAUGAAGAGGAUGACGAGGAUGAGGAUGGUGAGGAUGACGAUGAAGAUGAUGCAGAAGAUGAUGAUAAGAGUGUGACCAGUACACAACCAGAUAGGCAAAGGAUAAAACUCAAUGAUGCAGAGGAUGGUUGUACAGUGUUCCUCACCAAUGUGCCGUUUAGCAUAGACAAUGAACAAUUACACGCAUUCGCAGAGAAGACUGGCCCCGUAAAAUAUGCACUUGUGUGUGUGGACAAACUCACUGAACAUUCUAAGGGAUCUGCUUUUAUUAAGUUUGUGAACAAAGAAGAUGCAGAUCGUUUCCUAGCACUGCCGCCCAGUGAUCUACGCCUCGAAGGUCAAGUAAUAAUGGUGAAGCCGGCGCUCAAAAGGGAAAAUGUACUCAAAGAUAAGAAACAGCCGAAAGACAAUAGGAAUUUGUAUUUAGUGAAGGAGGGAGUGGUGGUGGCGGGCACGAAGGCGGCGCUGGGCGUGUCCGCGAGCGACAUGGCCAAGCGGCUCGCGCUCGAGAGGAGCAAGACGCAGAUGUUGAAGAAUUUGAAUAGGUUCGUGUCCCGCUACCGGCUGGUGGUGUCGAACCUGACGCCCAACUACACGGACGACGCGCUGCGGCGGCUGUGCCGGCGGUUCGCGAGCAAGGGCGCCGUCGUCACCGAGGCGCGCGUCAUGCGCGACCUCAGGGCGCCGCUGCAGCGGGACGGCCGCCAUCCCUCCAAGGGCUACGGGUUCGUGAUGUUCACGCGUCACGAGGACGCGCUCGCGUGUCUCAGGAAACUCAACAACAAUCCAGAUGUGUUUGAUAAAAAUAAUAGACCCAUUGUGUCCUUCUCAAUUGAAGACAGAACAGCGUUAAACGCAAGAAAGAAGAGAUUGGAGAAGUCUAUAGCGAACAAUCCUCUAGCCAAAAAAGACACAGAAGACGGCGCCGGCAAGGGCAAGAAUAGAAAACGAAAGAGGCCAGCAAUACCAGACGAGAGUUACGCCAAGAAAGCGAGGUUUGAUAGAAAACCCACCGAAACUACUGGAAAAUUCGUUCGAAGACCCGAUAAUGAUCACAUAGAUGAAUACACAGGGUUAACAGCGAAAGCAGGCGCGCCGCAUAAAAUGAGAAACAACCAUAAAUUAAGGAUGCAAGCCGACGUCCAUAGACAAAACGUGAAAAUGGAAAAGAAGAAAAGUAAGAGAUCGUGGCAUUUGAAAAUGGCGGCCAGAGAGCGAGUGAAGCAGCCGAAACAGCCGAUUAACAAGAAUAAAACGGGGAAGCGGAAUAAGAAGAGAAAGUUUAAUGACGAUUUUAUAAAUGUGUAAAUAUAUUUGUAAAAUGAU